AUGCCAGCUGCAGCAAGUAUAUCAAAUACAUUUGCAAAAGAUAAAAAUGAAUGGUAUUUAAUAUUUGAAGAAUUACCUGAUAUAUCACCAUUAAAAUAUGGUGAAAAUAUAUUAGAACGUCUUGCUAAACCAUUAACUGCUCAUUGUCAUAUAAUGCAUCUUGAUGCUCAUUGGGGAAAUAUAUUAUAUUCUCGUGAAAGUGGUAUACAAUUAAUUGAUUUUGGUAUUGCAACACUUAUUGAUCGAUUUGAAUUACCGAAUUCGAACGCAACAUUAAUUAUAACAUUUACUUUUGAUCGAUCUUUAGAUUGUGAAGCAUCAAAAUUACGACGAAAUUUUCAACAAUUAAUUAAAAAUAAUUAUCCAAUCAAUGGUCAUACUCUUCUUUCACAUCCAUGGUUACAAUAUUAA